UGUUCUUACAAACAAACUGGUAUUUCAAGAAUCCAGAAAUACCUUUUAUUUAAAAGUAAACCGAUGAUUGAAAUUUCAUUUUAUCCUACUUUGAUAUUUUCCACUGGAGGAGGUUCUGCAGUGCUGUAAAAUUCUGGGGAAUACAAUUGUAAUCUCCAUCUCGGUUUUUCUCGCGGCAGAAACGUGUCAGUGGCUACGAGCUUGCUCCUGGCAAUGAGAAAUACGUGUGUGAGAUUCCUGGAUGUUGGCUGCCAACGAACCAGUUCCGAAAUGCGGCGGGGUGGAGCCGGAUGCUCUCCAGGAUAUCCAGGCGGGACGGAGCGCGACUCGAUGGUUCGGCGCGGGCGGCGGGGCGCUCUGGGCGGCCGCGCCGCACUCUAUGGUGCGAUGGGAGGAGCGGCGGGGCACGGCGGGCGGCCCCGGCCCGGCGGUCCUGGAGCCUUCGGCGAGCACCAUGACGCCUGCGAAAGAAAAUGUCAGCUUGCUGUUCAAGCUGUACUGCCUCACAGUGAUGACCCUGGUUGCUGCCACGUACACGGUGGCACUGCGGUACACCAGGACAGUGGAGACAGAGCUCUACUUUUCCACAACGGCUGUGUGUGUCACUGAAGUUAUCAAGUUGUUCCUGAGUGUGGGCAUCCUGGCUAAAGAAACUGGAAGUCUGACAAAGUUAAUAACAUCUUUAAAAGAAAAUGUAUUCGGAAGUGCUAAAGAAUUGCUAAAAUUAAGUGUUCCAUCUGUGGUGUAUGCUGUCCAAAACAAUAUGGCGUUCAUGGCUCUUAGCAACUUGGAUGCUGCAGUCUAUCAGGUGACGUACCAGUUGAAGAUCCCUUGUACAGCUUUAUGUACAGUCCUGAUGCUGAACCGUACCCUUAGUAAGUUGCAGUGGUUCUCUGUCUUCAUGCUGUGUGGUGGUGUUAUCCUUGUUCAGUGGGAGCCUGCUCAGGCUACAAAAGUACAGGUGGAGCAGAACCCAUGGCUAGGGUUUGGAGCGAUUGCUGUGGCAGUGUUUUGUUCAGGAUUUGCAGGUGUUUAUUUUGAAAAGGUGUUAAAGAGUUCAGAUACUUCCUUGUGGGUGAGGAACAUUCAGCUGUACUUAUCUGGGAUUGUGGUGAAUUUAUUUGUUGUGUAUAUGUCAGAUGGAGCCAAAAUUCUUGAGAAAGGGUUUUUCUAUGGCUACACAUACUACGUCUGGUUUGUUGUCCUUCUGGCCAGUGUGGGUGGCCUCUACACCUCGGUGGUUGUUAAGUACACAGAUAACAUCAUGAAAGGCUUUUCUGCAGCAGCAGCCAUUGUUCUCUCUACUGUGGCAUCAGUCAUCCUCUUUGGCCUCCAGAUAACUGUUACCUUCUCCCUGGGUGCUCUCCUGGUGUGUAUUUCUAUUUACCUUUAUGGAUUACCUUGACAAGACACCACAAAACUCCAGCCCUCAGAGACUAAGAGCUCAAAAGAGAGACUUGCUACUGUGUGAUGUCCAUAAAAAUGGACAGAUGGACAAGAAAAAAAAGACUUCUAAAAAAACUGCCUUUUUUUUUCUUUUUCAAAAUUAGCCUUAAGCUAGUCAUGAAAUGGUUUAAGUGGGAUAGACUAAAAGCAGAAGUUAGUUCUGUUUUUCAUGUGGCGUUUCCAGUGGCUGACACUGAGGCUACACAGCAGCUGAGGAGCUGGCUGGGUAUUUUAUGGAAGGUAUUCUUCAUUCACAUCAACAAUGAAGAGCCUCAUUUACAAGGAAAACCCAAUGAAGGAACUGAUCACUCAAUUGUAUAUAAUGUAUAUAACAGAGGGAAAUCGGUUCUUUGUGUAUUUGAUAAACUGUCUUGCUCUUUGAGGGCAGAAAUGCCUGAAAAGUUUCAUUAAAAAAAAUUAUUAAAAAAAGCAACUACUGUCACCAUUUUCUAUUAAAAUACUUGGCAAUUGCAGUUUGAUCAUGACAAGUUUCUCUUCUAGGCAAUAAGUACAAGAUGACACAACUCUACAGGGACCCCUGCUUUGAGCAUCACCAACCUCAGAGUGCUUAGAGGUAGCCCUUGUUGUUUGGU